UUACGGCCUUCAUUUCCCUUUUUUUCUUUCAUUUCUUCCCAUUUUACUCUUCAAUCUUUUCUCCGGCGACCUUCACCGGCGUCUCAUCGGAAAUUCUCACCGGAAAAUUACAUCUAACAAAUAUCCACAAUUCACCAUUCUCGCCAUUGCUACUUCAUCUUUUGUCAAGCUUUGAUUGUUGAAGAUUGAAGAAGAGUGAAGCUCAAGCUAGUAAUUGGAAUGUGAGAGAGUAUUGAAGUUAGAAAAAUCAAUGAUGUUUUUGAGGUUGGCAAAAGUAAGUGAUGGAAAAAGUGAUCAUUGUGAUAGUGAGGAGAUGGAAAUGGGGUUCAAUGUUUUGAGUGGUGGUGAAGUUGUGAAGUCUAAGAGGUUUAUUGUUAGGCCUAGGAUCAAAGUGUGGAUGGCGCGUGCUAUUACCACUGUGAUUCUUUGGACUAGUGUGGUUCAGUUGAUUGCAAUCGGAGAAUUUUGGGGUCCGAGGUUGUUGAAGGGUAUGCCUUAUUGUUUCAAUCAACAAGAUGAAUCUUUGGUUGUUGUAAAGGCUAGUGUUCCGGCUAAGGUUGUGCUUCCACCGAAAAGGAUUUAUAAGAACAAUGGUUAUCUUAUGGUUUCUUGCAAUGGAGGACUCAACCAAAUGAGAGCAGCAAUAUGCGACAUGGUUGCUAUUGCAAGACAUUUAAACGUCACUCUCAUAGUUCCAGAGCUCGAUAAAUCGUCUUUCUGGGCUGAUCCAAGCGAGUUCCAAGAUAUAUUUGAUGUAGAUAAUUUCAUUGCAUCCUUGAGAGAUGAGGUUAGAAUAUUAAAGCAACUACCUCCUAGGCCUAAGAGAAGAGUUGAAUUAGGAUUGUCUUACUCUAUGCCCCCAAUUAGUUGGUCGGAUAUAUCGUACUACGAAAAACAGAUUCUUCCUCUGAUACGUAAACACAAGGUUGUGCACCUAAAUAGAACCGAUGCUCGACUCGCAAACAACGGAUUGCCUCUCGAGAUUCAAAAGUUGAGAUGCCGAGUAAAUUUCAAUGCGUUGAGGUUUACAUCUCAGAUAGAACAACUUGGUAGAAAGACGGUGAGUAUUUUGAGAAAAAAGGGACCUUUCCUUGUACUUCAUCUUAGAUAUGAGAUGGAUAUGUUGGCCUUUUCUGGCUGCACUCAUGGAUGUGAUAGCAACGAGGUCGAGGAACUCACAACAAUGAGAUAUGCUUAUCCUUGGUGGAAGGAAAAAGUCAUAAAUUCCGAACUUAAGAGGAAAGACGGUUUAUGUCCGCUGACGCCUGAGGAAACCGCUCUAAUACUGAAAGCAUUAGACAUAGAUCAUAAUAUCCAAAUUUAUAUUGCUGCCGGAGAAAUAUUUGGUGGAGAGAGAAGAAUGGCACGUUUACAAGCUUCAUACCCUAACUUGGUAAGGAAGGAAACUCUGCUCGAACCUUCGGAUUUGAUGUAUUUCCAAAACCACUCAUCGCAAAUGGCUGCAUUGGAUUAUCUUGUGUCUCUAGAGAGUGAUAUAUUUGUUCCGACAUAUGAUGGGAACAUGGCUAAAGUUGUUGAAGGCCAUAGAAGAUUCUUAGGUUUCAAAAGGACUAUACAACUGGAUAGAAAGCAUCUUGUGCCUCUCAUAGAUCUUUAUACCAAUAAGUCAUUAAGUUGGGAUGAGUUUUCCAUUAAGGUGAAGAAAUCUCAUGCCAAGAGAAUGGGAAACCCUAAAAGAAGAGUUGUAAUUUCAAAUAGACCCAAAGAAGAAGACUAUUUUUAUGCCAACCCUUAUGAAUGCUUGCCUCUUCAAGAUGAACCAUUGAGUACCACAUGAUCUUUAUCUAAAGUCAUGCCUCUGAUUCCUUCAUAGUCUUCUUUCAAGCUACUCUUCUCUAUAAUCACAAAAAUUUUAAUAUGUUUUUUAGUCUCUCGAUCCGAUCACGCCCUCUUUUUAGCAUAACUGUUUUGUUCGCGAUCCAUGAAAAGUAUAAAUUUUCACUUUUUGUCCUCGUUACUUUUAGUUUAGUCCGUGUAAUAUUUAGUUUAUGCUGAAUUAGUUCAAACUGUAAUUGCUUUUCAUCCUUAAAAUAUGACAUAAGCGUCUUUUUAUCUGGACUGGUUCAACAUGGUUCAAAUAUUACACGGACUAAUUUAAAACAACGACGACUAAAAAAAUAUAUUAUUUUUCCGAGUGAUUCGCGAACGAAAUAUUUAUAGAGGGACAAGUUAUUGUUAUGUAAAGAAAUAUCCAAAGUAGAGUUGUAUCUUGUACAUUGUAAGGAAAAGCAAAAGAUAGAACACUUUUAUAAUAAUCUUGUUUUUUUUUCC